AAACACUCCUUUCAAGACGCAUAAUGAACCAUAUUUCGUGGAUAGACUGCGUCUUUACCGGCCAAGACCUGAUCCUUUCAGUGGCAUACGUCUACCUGUACUGGAAACGUAUGAAGGAAUCCGAGGCAUUUGCUUCCGAGCGGUCGAAAAGACGGGAUGCAAAAACGUUCAAAUUGCUGAUAACUGCUAACAGCAUCGUUCUGCUGCUUGAUGUGGUUCAGAACUUUCUUUUAUGCCGGAAGAUUUACAUUGCGAGAUACAUGUGUUUUCCACUUAUCUGCGCAAUCAAAUUGGAGGUUGAGUUCAUCGUGUUGAACCGUUUGGUCAAGAAUACAGAGAAGAGUGUGCAGUCUCUACAAGUUCCUUCACUCGGCAUUGAAACCUCUGUCGCAGAGGUCAGGGACGCUGAAGCGGGUGAACCGAGAGUAGAGGCUAGACCCAUGGUCACUACGCAAAUUUUGGAUGAGAAAUCCAGGGAUACCGAGCGAUAGUGUUAAGAUCAAGGAAUAACCGUAGGGGUAGACCUAAAGGACCUAGGAU